UCAUUGUUCCUGAACUGGUGAUGGUCACUGGACGAUGAGCCUCAUUUGAUAUCUUGAAAGUAACCAGAAGAAUCACCUGCUGUGAAAAGCGCUGUGCCUCUGGUCUUGAAUAAGAUCAGCUACAAUGUUCUCCACGUGGAUUCUGCAUGUGGUUGGAUUCGCUCUGCUGGUCAGGGAAAACAUCAGUGAUGACCAGUGUCCUCGUCAUGAAGUCAAGCCUGGGAAAGAAUCUGCAGUGCUGGAUUCCUUGGCGUGCCAGAAUGACUACAUGAGCUAUGUACAGUGCACUUGGGAGGUCGAUCCACAAGUUCAUCCACAAAAAAACACACAUGAAUUGUAUUUCUGGGACAGAAAUGAGGAAUUUGAUAUAACUGUUGAAACACUUUGCGUCUCAAAUGUACCCGGUGUGCUUUUACCCAAUGGGAAGAUCUCCCACGUGUGCCGCUAUAACACUGAGAGGUUUUCGUUAAAAACAAAUCACACUCUUUACUUCAAAGUACCCUGUGUGCACAGAGCCACAACUCUCAAAGUUGCUCAGCAUGGAAAGGUUUGGGCCCCAACUAAUUUAACAGAGAGGGUGAGUGAUGACGGAGGACGUCUGCUGUCCUGGAGAAGCCCGUAUCCUGUUUCCUCAAAUAUCACAGGAACUCUUGUGUACCAGCUUCAGUAUACAUCCAGCGGACACAUGCAUGACUGGACUACUGUGGAUAACAUCAAUGGUUCUGAGUAUAUGAUUGACAAGAAGUCACUGUUAUCUGGUUACCAUUAUCAAGCCAGAGUGAGGGCGCGAGGUCCAGUUGGACUCUGGAGUGACUGGAGCCCCCUGGUGUCCUGGAAGACCCACAAUGAUGGACCCUUUAACCUGCAGUGCAUGAUAGCGGGAGAAACAACUGUGACGUGUACCUGGCAAAUGAAGACAGAAUAUUAUCAGUUUAUGUCUUAUCAUCUCUGGUGCAGUAAUAGAAGUGAUAAGCUUUCUCUUUGCUGUGAAUAUCCUCAGCUGGAGUCGAGGAAAGCUGAGCUUUCUGAGUUCAUGUGUUCAGUAAAAACCCCUGACCCUUACCUGUUGACAGUGGAGCUAAGACCAGUGUACUAUACAAGGACGUUCCUUACUCGAAACCACAUUAAACUUUCACAACCUGACCAGAUCCAUGUGAAGGAAGGUGAUGGCGUUUUAAUACUGACCUGGUCUGAACCAGUUGUGUCCGAAGAUAUUGAAUACUCCAUCCAGCUAAAAAUCUCAUCCAGCAAGGCCUCAAACAUUUAUAACCUUUCAAAAGAGCAGAACAAUUAUGAACUUUACUUUACGGAUCGAGAUCCUUCAACUGAAUACCAGGCCCAGAUCAGAUUACUGCCUGAACCUGAUGAGGAUUUAAUCGUGGAGUCAUCUGAAUGGUCACAACCAGCAGUGUUCAAAUUUAAGCCAGUUCCAUCGUCCAUCAGCCAUGUAAUCUACAUUUUGACUGCUGUGUUUGUGGGCGUGCUUUUUCUCGUCUCCUUGUACAACGGACUACCAGUCUUACACAGAAGGGUCAAGAUUUGGAAAAGAUCGAUUCCAUCACCCAUAAAGAGCAAAGUGCUGGAGGGGAUGGUAAAGAAGACUCCCGGUGGAUGGCCGGAUCUCCAGAUUGAGAAAGAGACAACCUCCAUCUGUGUACUACUGGCUGCAGACAACGCCAGUCUUUGCACAAGCAGUGUCUCUUGGGAGCCGCUUCGGUUGCACAGUGAAGAUGUUAAAAUGGCACUGUCAGGUGGAUCAAACCACUUGCACGGCUAUGUGGGGGAAAGCAUGUGCAGCGACAAAUCAGGCAUGAACUUCAGCGGGCCUUAUAUUCUGUGCUGCGAGGAAUCCUGCACCCAGGACAAAUUACCUGACGGCUCUAUGGACAGACAUCACACAUGCAUGUUGGAAAAGUCUGAGAGUGUUGCUCCAGAAAAUGAAGACUGCGUUGUAACUCCUCCCAACACCAUGCCAGCAACUCGAAACACAGACCCCAUCGACAGCCCGACCGAUAACCCUUCAGAUGAACCCCCAGCAUACACCCCCAGCCCAGAUCAGGGUUGUAUAGUCCUCCCUCAUCCAUCCGGCUACUUCAUGAUGCCAAGUGUCAUCACAGGCUAGUCAGACAAAAAGCAUCCCCUCAGUAAAACCGAGCCCCUCUACCGUCCCCUUUGGAUUAAUAAUGUAUAUUAUGUAGGCCUAAAACAUAUCAUGAAACAAAAUGUUAAAAUUAUCUACUGAAGAUAAUUCACAAAUAACGGCGAUUGGCCAAUCACAAGCGGAAGCGCGUUUUUGUCCUUUUUCGUGCAUUGGAACAGUUCAGUCGCAACUUUUGAAUUUCUUUCAAAAGAAUUAUGAUAACAGAAAAGAUAUGAUUUUUCCUUCAUUAGAAUUUUAAGAGAUGACAGGCAAGCUGAUAUUAUUGAGUCGGCGACCUUGCAAAAACCAAACAAAAACGAGUCCAAAAGCAUUCACUGUGCAAUGAAGCCUAUUAGAACAAAGGUAAAAUAACCUUAUAUUUCAAGCAAUUAAAGAAAAAUUACCCAUGUAUGAGUUUUUAUGUUUUUAUAUUCAUUGCUCAAGCAAUGUAAUUUUCUGAAUAUCAGUAGGCCUACAUGCGCGCACACAAAUGUGCUUUUCAUUUUAUACAAAUGUGGAUAGCAAAACGUGUUUCGUUCCUUGAAUGAAUCAAGUGAGCCAGUGAUUCGGCCCAUUCAGCUGGACACUUUCCCUGCGUCUCGAUGUGCAUACUAUCAAGCCUGUCUGUCCUACAUAGUAUUGAAAAUUAAUAAUAUGACACAGAAUUUAGGAUGGAUGGUAUACACAUUGGGCCGCAGGCUUGUUUCGAUUCUAAUUGAAUCAGUGUUAUGAAUGAAUCGAUAAACUUUAGAUAAACUGUAACUUUAUGUCUAGCGACGGAUGAAUGUUUCGCAUGCUCAUAAUGAAAAGGUGUGAAAGACACAUUGGGGCUUCGGUGGGACUUUUUGAGUUGCAGCUGUCAUGCUGUGACAGUCUCACCAACAGAUGGCACUGUUGCUUUAAAUGAACGUAAAAAUGUUUCUUCUUUCCCCAGUGCAAACCUUGGAAAGCAAAUAACGCAUUAGGUCUAAAAGAUAUUAUGUUUUUUCCACAGUGCCUUACAUAUUGCUGCAUUGAAUGUCCUUUCUUCUUCAAAAUUUUUGCACUUAAUUUAGCUUGACAGACAUUGGCAGCCUCAUGCACUAACUGUGUACGCAGGUGUUUGUGCGCAAAACCUGCUUAGAAAACAUAUUCACGCAUAAAUCGUGACGGGUCAUCCAUCAGUGAGUUUCAAAAGAUGACUGAAUCCACAAACACGCAAUGUAAAUAAUGUGAUAAUAAAUGUUCUAGGUAGCCAAAACGGUUUGGCCCAAUAAUGGCCCAGAUCUAGAAGACCGGAAGAAAUAACUCGGCCCGGCUGCGGUUGCCAGACUCAGGAUGGACAAGGGGUGGAUGACGCCCCAGAAUCUGCCCAAAUACACUGGCCCAAGUCUAAACUGGGCCACAAUCACGCCGACAAGAAUCGAAACACUUAGCUGGUACUGGCCCAAGUCUGGGUACUGAAACUGGGCCAACACCACCAGCACUGGGCCACAAUCACACCAACCAAAACGAUACACCGGUCAGACACUGGUCAGACCCUGGGUACAGAAACUGAGCCAACACUGGGUCACAAUCAUGACGAAACCUAGCCGGUACUAGUCUUGUUUGCAAAAAAAAAAAAAAAAAAAAAAAUUCUUAUGUAUAUAUACACUUACACUUACUUAUGCAGAAUUACAAUUCUAUGUGAUGAAGCAAAAAAAGUUUCAGGUUGGUCUUGUGCAUGCACAACCAAAAAAAUAAAAAAAAAGUCUUAUAGCUGUCUCUGGUUUAGGAGAAUUUACCAAGAGUUUAUUUUUAUGCUUGUGUGACAUUGUAAUAAAGAUUUAGCUGAAGCUCAA